ACGUUUUAUAAGCAAGCUGUCAACACGGAGGGAGACCGCAGGUAGAAAACACAUUUAAAGUACUUUGACACCUGAAUGUCAACUCUUUUGUAAAUGGUUAUGCCUUGCAAUAGUUAUUUUUUACUGAUGAUAGAAACUCGGUUGCGUUGAUUCACCACUCAACGGAACCACCGGUAACUUUUCACAUAUUUAUUUGUCGUUUUGUGUCAAAAUCGAGCACAGGACAAGACGCAGGAACGAUGAGUAAAGCACUGGGCACAUCCUUAAGCAGGUCUCUGCACUACAGCUGCAAGCUAAGACACCCUUCGUGUUGUGAACUGGUGCCUCGUGUGUGGAGAAGAUCCGGGGGUGUACUGUCUGUGCAAUGCCGAGCAUUCAGUAAACGGAUUCCUGGCAGAAUGGCAACUUGGCAGAUUCACAGAUAUGGAGGAAAUGAGGAGCUAGAACUGACAAAAACGCACAGAACACCAAUGAUUAGGAAUCCAGAUGAACUGCUAAUAGAGGUCCACGCUGCCAGUGUCAAUCCCAUUGAUGUACGAAUGAGAGCUGGCUAUGGAUCCAGUAUUUUAAAUUUCUACAGAAGGCUACGAUGCUCACUGAGUUCUGGGUCAGAGUUUCCUCUGUCUCUUGGCCGGGACUUCUCAGGUGUGGUGGUGGCGACAGGAGUGGGUGUGAGGAGAUUCAAACCAGGAGAUGAGGUGUGGGGAGCCCUUGGUGCCCAAAGACAAGGAGCACAUGCAGAGUUCACUGUAUCAUCAGAGAGUGAGAUCUCACUGAAACCCAAGAGAUUGUCUCAUAUAGAAGCAGCCUCCAUACCCUAUGCUGCCAUGACAACGUGGGCAGCAGUUUCUACCAUUGGAGGCCUGAAUGAACACAAUACUGCAGGAAAAAGGGUGUUGAUUUAUGCAGGUUCAGGGGGAGUGGGAACUUUUGCAAUACAACUCCUCAAAGCCUGGGGUGCAGAGGUGACAACCACCUGUUCCACCGACGCAGUGCCUCUGUUGCUGUCACUGGGUGCUGAUAACGUGAUAGAUUACAACACACAAAAUGUCACUGAAGAACUUACACGGCUGUCAGGGUUUGACCUGGUGCUGGACACAUUGGGUGGACAGGUCACUAAGGAGGCCCAGCAGUACCUGAACACCUGGAGGAAUGCCUCAGUGGUCACUGUUGUUCACAACUUUCUUAGAAACGGGGACACCCUCGGCGUUCCAGCAGGCUUUGUGAAAAGUGGAACUGAGCUAGCCUGCAAAAAUAUUCAGUUUUUCCAAAGUGGCCAGUCUUUAAGAUGGGCUGUCUUCAUGCCAAAUGGUGAGGCCCUUGAGAGAAUUGCAACCCUAGUUGAUCAAGAACAGAUCAGCCCAGUCAUUGAGAAGAUUUAUGGCUUUGAAGAGUUGCCAGAGGCAUUUGACAAGGUUUCUGGUGGGCAUGCUAGGGGAAAAACUGUAAUAGACAUCAAAGAGAGAGCUAGACAUCAGGAGACGGACACACUGAAUGAUGAGAAUGUGGCAGCUUCUGUGGCAUAGGAACAGUAAAGCUGGUGUUACAGUAACAAAAACUUGCCAUUAGUUAUGUCAAGAAUUGGUUUUGUGGGCAGUGAUAUUUUUUACCUGCUAAUGUUAAAGGAAUGUUGUGGAUGAAUGUGCACAAGCAUGGUGUUAUACUCCUGUGUCCACUCUGCUGAAGUCUGAACACUUAAAUAGAGAAAAAUCUAGUAGUAAGACGCCGAUUACCACCAUGUUUUUUUUAUGCUGUAGGUAAAGUUUGUACAGUGAUAUCGCAGACAACAUAUACCCAAAGAUGUUAUGUGCUCGAUGCGAUAUAUACGCUUUAUUUGGUGUAAGGGGUGUUUUUCGAUGAAAUGUGAACACUGUUCGUAUGUACAUCAAAUAACAUGCUGUCACUGCCGCAAAUGCUGAGAAGUGUUCUGGCACAUAUUGCUCUGGUGAAUGUGUUACCGUAUAUCUCACAUGUACAUGAUAUAAAUAUUUGUUACCGACCACAAAACCCUUCUUAUCAGAAUUUUUCUCUUAAUUAACUUUUAUGUAGUUGCCAUUCUCUUCAAAGUAAAUCACGGAAAGUUUCCAGAAAACAGGACAUACCUUUAUGGACCUAUUGCUCAAAAAUUAAAGAAGGUUAAAAAUAAUUUCCCUACGAGUUAUAAUAAUUUUACCAUGAAAGUUAUCUCAUUAUUUGAAAAAAAAUGUGGACAUAUACCUUAACACCAAUGGUUGUUAGGCAUGGCACCCAAACUGGAAUCUAUAAAGAAAUUGAAAUGAGCCACCACACUGAAGAUUGGAUUCUGGUCAAAUGCUUGCAGUGAAAAGUAACUUAGCCGACAGAAAAAUAACUACACAAGACAUCAAGACUAUACUAGAGGUAUAUUUCUGUUGAUAGGAGCAUUUAUAAAUGUUUCACAAUGAUCACUCCCCAUGAACUGUACAUUUAAUAAAGGAAUUGGGGGGAAAGUGACUUGUGAAAACAGCAUGCACCUUUUUGACUUUGUAUCAACAUAAUUUAAAUUCUACAAAUAAAAUUAGGUUAUUUUUUCAAGACGUACUCGUCUUAUCAUGCUAUAUAUAAUCAAAUAUAUAUACAAUUAAAUAAGAUGUCAGUAUAGAAUGUCUCCAUGGGAUUCUUGUUAAAAGCACUUAAAAAAUUAUAAAAUGUCUUCAUUUAGUCAUAAGGUGCCACAUAUUAAAUCGGCCUUCAGCUUUAAAACAGAUUCUCAAACUACUCUGACUUGCUGAAAAUAAAUAUUCUUUCAGUAUAACAUUACAAACAUUUUAUCAAGAACAAUCCAAUAAAGUUUACAUCAAAAAUUCAGGUGCUAUAAAACAAAACGUAAAUAUAAUGCACAUGCUUACAACAGAACCAGUCUUGUCCUUAGCCUUUAAGUAAAGGAUAUGUCCACAAUUGUGCAGUAUCCAGGCAGCUGUUGGUAUAAGACACAAUAUUGUGCGGUAUCCAGGCAGCUGUUGGUAUAAGACACAAUAUUGUGCAGUAUCCAGGCAGCUGUUGGUAUAAGACACAAUAUUGUGCAGUAUCCAGGCAGCUGUUGGUAUAACACAGUAUUGUGCAAUGUCCAGGCAGCUGUUUGUAUAACUUACAGUACUGUGUAGUAUCCAGGCAGCUGUUGGUAUAACACAGUAUUGUGCAGUAUCCAGGCAGCUGUUGGUAUAACACAGUAUUGUGCAGUAUCCAAGCAACUGUUGGUAUGACACACAAUACUGUGCAGUAUCCAGGCAGCUGUUGGUAUAACACACAGUAUUGUGCAGUAUCCAAGCAGCUGUUGGUAUAAUGCAUAGUAUUGUGCAGUAUCCUUGCAGCUGUUGGUAUAACACACCAUUUGAUCACCUCUGGGCUUCAUAGGAAUUGCACAUGUUAAAAAGAAAACUCAUGCACUAUAACAAUCACUUCAAUAAAAGGAUGUAAAGGUAAACUGGACAUCCUUAAAAGUUCAAUAUGGAUUAUUAAAGCACACUUUAUACACCAGAUCACUUUCUCUCAUGUAAUUAUAUCCAAUUAUUCCUUGUUCUUUCAAUUGUACAGCAAACACACAUUUCUGAACUGCAAGAAGUUUCAUAUUUAUCCCACAUGAUUUUGAUCAGUUCAGGAGGAUAAUUCUUUCAAAAUUCUAUAAAGAUCAAAAAUAAAAUGUCUCUGUUUCACCCUUUAUCAACUUCUAGUUUUAAACCAUUGGGCUUGAUACAGCACUAGAAGAUAUCUUUUUAUUUUUCUGAAGCUGUGUUACUUCUUUCUGGAGUUGUCGUAUCUUGGCCUGCAGAAUAAAACAGGAACUUUUAGGUGGAAAUGUUGAAUUAUGAGACUUUGGAAGUUUACAACAGAUACUACGACAUCUUUAAAGUUGAGUCAAUGAUUUUAUGGACUGCCUUAAAUACACAUGCAA